AUUGGGGGAGUAAAAACGAGUUCUUUCCUUUUAGAUUUAGUUAUUAUAGAGAGAUAAAAGCAGAAAUUCAUGGCUUAGGUUCAAAGAAAACAGAGCUUUUUUAGGCUAAUCCCGAGUCAUUAAACAUAGGAAUACUACUCUUUAUUCUUAAUUAAGACAGAGAAAGAUUUCCCAUUUUUGCUGUGUAAAAGCUGCACCUGGGUUUCAUUUACUGUAUGUUUACUGGGAACAGUGACAAAAUUUAUUUAAAAUUCCACAUUUUUCUGAUCUAGUAUGGUAAUCUACAAUCUGGGUUUCUUAAUUCCAGUUAAUUAAUUACUCUAAUUUUUACUUAUUUUACUAAUAGGUAUAUUUAUUAUUAUCAUCAAGAAUUGUUUUUUUUUUUUCGAAAUUAAAAUGAGUGAAAGUUAGAUGAGGAUCGAACUCGUGACAUCUAAUUCUGAUGAAUUGAUUCUUUAUUACUUUUUAUAGAUCCACUCUUCUUUCUCUAUCACACCAUUAUUUUUUUUCUCUUUAGUUUACACCCAAAUAAAAAAAAUUCUUUCUUUUUUUAGGGAUUGUUUGGAUAGCGCGUAUUAUUGAGACUAACAUUUUGGGUUUCACACAUUAUAAGUAUUAGAGAGAGAAAGUAAGAGUGGGCAAAAAGAGCUGAAAUUAUUCAUUUAUGCAAUGAGCAUUUAAUGCUUAGUAAUGGCCAAGAUGAUGCUAAGAAGCUAAGAAAGAAAGUAGUAAUAAAAACCAUUUGCAUUUUUAAUUUUUCUUUGAUUUUCUUCAACGAAUCAAUGAGUAUAAGUGUAUAACGACUUCAUACAUCUCUCCUUAAAAAACCCAUCUUUUCUUCAGCUAAAGAAUCUGUCUUUCUGCAAUUCAUACUAGAGAGAGAAAGUAGAGAGAGAGUGUGUGAUUGUUGUGGCAGAACAAAAAAAAGAAGAAGACAAAUCUGCCAGUUAAAUCCCAAAUUCUCCAUCUUUAUCUUUUCAAUCUUGUGAAAGUUUUUCUGGGGUUCUUUUCAUUCUUCAUAAGUAUCAUUGGUUCAAUUUUCAGGACUGAAGAUGUUUUUCUGGAUCUAUUAUUCCAAUAUUGUUCCCAUACUUUGCUGCUUGUAGUUUAAUAUAAUUAAUAAGAUGGGUUUUUUUUGCUGGUAUUUACUCGUGGGGGCGUCGCCUUUAAUGUAGACGACUACUAGAAAUGAUCUAUUGGUUAAACUAGCCGACUUUGAUCUGUUGGGAUUUGAGGUUUUGACAUUGUGGUAUUGUUGUUGCUGGGAUUUCGAAAUUCUAAAAGCUAACAUUGUAGGGUUGGAGGUUGUAUAAAAUGUCGAGGCCGCUACAGAGAGGCGUAUCUGGUGAUCAACGACGAUUUUCAGUUGGUAAUCAUGGUUCUUGGGAUAUUGAAGAUUCACAAAUGAAAGAAAAAUCUGAAAAAGAUGAUACUCGAGCUAGUCGUUCGUUGUCUGAUCAAAGCUAUUCAGUAAAAUUGCCUUUUCGAUUGAAUUCUUCGGAUAAUAUCCCUUCGAAGUUGGUUGUUAAUGAAAAUGGGUUUACAUCGGAAUUAUUUAGCGCGGGUAGUCCAAGAAAACGGCACAAGUUAAUCUUGCAUCUCCUUAGAAUAAGUUUAGUGUUUAUAGUGAUUGUUGCUUUAACCGGGUCGUUUUGGUGGACUAUCUCGAUUACUACAUCUUCAAGAGGUCAUAUAUACCAUAGUUAUAGAAGACUCCAAGAGCAACUUGUGUCGGAUUUUACGACCAUUAGUGAGCUUUCUUUAGGGCAGGACAAAUCGAGAGAAAUAGACUUUUGCUCGGAGGAAUAUGAAAACUUUGUGCCUUGUUAUAAUGUUUCGGAAAGUUCUGCUUUAGGAUAUGCUGACGGCGAUGAAUAUAACCGUCUUUGUGAGCACAGUUUGAAGCAAAAUUGCUUGGUUUCACCACCCGUAAAUUACAAGAUUCCUCUGAGAUGGCCUACUGGAAGAGAUGUCAUUUGGGUAGCUAAUGUUAAAAUUAGUGCUCAAGAAGUACUUUCAUCGGGAAGCUUGAUGAAAAGGAUGAUGAUGCUAGACGAAGAGCAGAUUUCUUUCCGAUCUGACUCGCUUAUGUCGGAUAACAUUGAGGACUAUUCACAUCAAAUUGCGGAAAUGAUUGGGUUAAGAAGCUCUUCUAGUUUUAUUCAAGCUGGGGUGAGAAAUAUCCUAGAUAUAGGAUGUGGAUAUGGUACCUUUGGAGCGCAUCUGUUCUCAAAAGAGUUACUGACUAUGUGUAUUGCGCCCUAUGAGGCUUCAGGUAGUCAAGUUCAACUAACACUUGAAAGAGGUCUUCCUGCAAUGAUCGGUUCUUUGACUACCAAACAGUUGCCAUUUUCUUCUCUUUCGUAUGACAUGGUGCACUGUGCGUGGUGUGGCAUUGACUGGGAUCUCAAAGAUGGCUUAUUCUUGAUUGAAGUUGAUAGAGUCUUGAGACCCGGUGGAUAUUUUGUGUGGACUUCACCUCUUACCAAUGCGCGUAAUAAAGUGAAUCAGAAAAGAUGGAAGGUUGUUCAUGAUUUUGCCGAGAAUCUUUGUUGGGAUUUGCAGUCUCAACAAGAUGAAACCGUGGUGUGGAAGAAGACGUCCAAAAGGAGCUGCUAUUUCUCUAGGAAACCCGGUUCAGGCCCGUCUGUAUGCAGCAAGGGUCAAGACGUUGAAACUCCGUAUUAUCACCCACUCCAAAUGUGCAUUGGAGGUACUCAUAGCCGCCUUUGGCUUCCCAUCGAGGAGAAGUUAACUUGGCCAUCUCGGGCUAAAUUGAAUGGAAAGGAGCUUCAACAUCAUGAUCUGCAUCCCGAAGACUUGGCUGAGGAUAGUUCUUAUUGGAAUUCUGCAAUCCGUAAUUACUGGACUCUUCUUUCACCUUUGAUUUUCUCCGACCAUCCAAAAAGACCCGGUGAUGAGGAUCCGUCUCCACCUUACAACAUGCUUAGAAAUGUGUUAGAUAUGAAUGCAAGGUAUGGUGGUUUCAACGCGGCGUUACUAGACACUGGAAAAUCUGUGUGGGUCAUGAAUGUUGUACCUACAAGUGGGCCCAACUACUUGCCCUUGAUUCAGGACAGGGGAUUUGUUGGUGUAUUACAUGACUGGUGUGAAGCAUUUCCGACAUACCCGCGAACUUAUGAUUUGGUGCAUGCUGAUGGUCUACUCACUCUAGAAAAACGUUCCGAGGGAAUUUGUAAUACUUUUGAUAUAUUUGUCGAGAUUGAUCGAAUACUGCGGCCUGAGGGAUGGGUAAUUUUCCGCGAUAAAUCUACUUUAAUCGAGUCAAUGAGACCGCUUGUAGCAUAUCUAAAAUGGGAAGCUCGGGUUAUUGAAAUUGAGAGCAACAACGACGAGAAGCUUCUCGUUUGCCAGAAGCCUUUCUUCAAGAGGCAUGCAAAGUGAUCUACAAGCCGAAAGGAUAGCUUCCGAUUUCAUGUGAUUAUAUAUUGAAUUAUUAUACCACGACACAAGUCGAUACAGAGGUUCAAAGUCUACAGUUUUUUGAAACACGAAGAAAUUCAAUAUACGUUAUUUUAGUUUUAGUAUAUGCCAGUGAAAAAGUCGUAUGGAGCCGUAAGGCUGCCAUAUGACCACUGUAAUUACACGAUUGAGGCACAGGGACGGUGAUUGUCAAGUAUAGGGUUGGCGUUCUGUGUUUGGUCUCGUUUCGAAGCUAUACGAUUAUUACCAGAAUAAGCAAAAGGACCAGACCGCAGUAGCCAUGCUGCGGUCGCAAUUUACAGUAAUUUUUUUUUUCUAUUCAUUGUAGAAAACUUAAAUGGAAAGGCAUUCAUUAGUAAUGCAACUCUUGUAACACAAUACUUUGGGUAAUUAUUUUGAAAAUUUAUUAUGUCUGGUUAUCGUUAUGCUGAUGUUUUGGCUAUAUGCCAAUUGCCAGACCAAAUUUGGCUAGUUUUCUUGAAAGACUAGUACUAUAAUGUUAUGUGAUAAGUUAGAGGGUU